UCGCCAGCAAAUGAAACCCCCCGACUCAACCCAAGCCAGGCGAUGGAGUCCCUCGCCCUGUCACGCCCACCGCCGCCUCGGCUGCCGGCGAUGGCGAGGCUUGCCCCACUCGCCGCCUCCUUUCGCCUCCACCACCAUUCUCCGGGGUCCCACGCUGGUGUCAGAAGAGGGCCACUUGUCGCUGCUGAUGCCCUGCCUUCGUCUUCGUCGUCGGCUCACACGUUUCAGCCGGAGGCGAUCUCUCUCGCCCCACCCCUCAAGAGUGUCUCGGUGGACUCUUUGCAGUACGAAAGCGGCUCCCUUGGGGGCAUCUCCGAGAAGACCAAGCUGUCGCUGCCGCCACCGGGUGAUGUAGGUCAAAACGGGGCGUUGAAUCCGAUGGAGUACCUGACGAGUAUACUGACGUCGAGGGUUUAUGAUGUGGCGAUCGAGUCGCCGCUGCAGCUGGCGCCGAAGCUAUCGGCGAGGCUUGAGGUCGAUCUUUGGCUCAAGAGAGAGGACUUGCAGCCGGUAUUCUCCUUCAAGUUGCGAGGAGCCUACAAUAUGAUGGCUAAACUUCCAAGGGAGCAAUUGGAUAGGGGUGUUAUCUGCUCAUCGGCUGGAAACCAUGCCCAAGGAGUUGCUUUAGCUGCUCAGAGACUAGGUUGUGAUGCAGUGAUUGUAAUGCCAGUGACAACGCCAGAAAUCAAGUGGCGAUCCGUUGAGAGAUUAGGUGCAACAGUUGUCCUUAAGGGGGACUCUUAUGAUGAAGCACAGUCACAUGCAAAGCAACGUGGAGACCAGGAGGGUCGGACAUUCAUACCUCCAUUUGAUCAUCAUGAUGUUAUUGCAGGCCAGGGAACAAUCGGAAUGGAAAUAAUUCGCCAAAUGAGUAGUCCACUACAUGCAAUAUUUGUACCAGUUGGAGGUGGUGGAUUGAUAGCAGGAAUUGCUGCUUAUGUAAAACGGGUUCGCCCAGAGGUAAAGAUCAUUGGAGUAGAGCCUUCUGACGCAAAUGCAAUGGCAUUGUCUCUAUAUCAUGGGGAGAGGAUCAUGCUAGAGCAAGUGGGAGGAUUUGCAGAUGGUGUGGCUGUGAAAGUGGUUGGAGAAGAAACUUUUCGCCUGUGCAGGGAACUUGUUGAUGGAGUGGUUCUUGUUAGUCGUGAUGCUAUUUGUGCAUCUAUAAAGGAUAUGUUUGAGGAGAAAAGGAGCAUACUAGAGCCAGCUGGUGCUCUCGCUCUAGCUGGUGCAGAAGCCUACUGCAGAUACUAUGGUUUGAAAGAUGAGAAUAUUGUUGCAAUAACUAGUGGGGCAAACAUGAAUUUUGAUAGGCUAAGGCUGGUAACUGAACUAGCUGAUGUUGGUAGGAAACGCGAGGCUGUUCUGGCAACUCAUCUACCAGAGGAGCAAGGGAGUUUUAAAAAAUUCUGUAAACUGGUUGGCCCUAUGAAUAUUACAGAGUUCAAGUACAGAUAUGAUUCACGUAAAGAACAUGCUCUUGUUCUUUAUAGUGUUGGUGUUCAUACUGACUCGGAACUUGCAGCAAUGAUACAUCGAAUGGAACAUGCACAACUUAAAACUUUUAACCUCACCAGUGAUGACUUAGCAAAAGAUCAUCUGCGAUACUUUAUGGGAGGGCGAUCAAAUGUUCAAGAUGAACUACUUUGCCGAUUUAUCUUCCCUGAGAGGCCAGGAGCUCUAAUGAAAUUCUUGGACUCCUUUAGCCCACGUUGGAAUAUCAGCUUGUUCCAUUAUCGAGCACAGGGUGAGACUGGUGCAAAUGUGUUGGUCGGCAUCCAAGUUUCUAAGGCCGAUAUGAAAGAGUUCAAGAUUGGAGCUCAGAAUCUUGGAUAUGAGUUUACAUAUGAGAUGAACAACGAGGCGUAUCGGCUGUUGAUGCAGUGAUAAUUAAUAAAUUAGACACCUGCGCCAUUUCUACACCAUGAAUCAUGAAUAGCCGCUUCUAUUAGAAGUUUCCUUGUGAAAAAACUUAUCAAAUGCUAGGGGGGGACUUUGGCUUGUUGAAAUUGUUCUAUAUAUGCUUUACUGUUGCUGUUAUCUUUAGUUCUUGAUUUGGGUCAUGUAGUUUCAAUUCUACUGGUCUCAAAAUUGUUCCUUAUAUGGUUUGCUGUUGCAGUUAUCUUUAGUUCUUGAUUUGGAUCUUGUAGUUUCAUAUCUUCUGGUAUUUCUAAAUCUACAGGAAGGCUGGCUUCUUUUGUA